GAAAUUCGUACUCGUACCUGAGUCGCCUUUCUCUGAGGUCAUGCAAUGGUGUGAAUAAGAGGAGGAACUACAACAACAAACGCUUCCACAUCACCUCUAAGACAACCAAAGUGGUUCUUUUCCGCUCGUAGCAGCUUUUCAUCGUUGAGGAAAGACAUAGCACCCAGUAGAAUCAACAAAAAUGGCUACCAAUACCGAAGCUCCCAGCUUCUACGAAGACGUGGAGAAUUUGAAGAAGUUGUGCAAUUUUCUUCAUACUUCAGAAGGCCCGCGUGUGAGGGAGGCAUUGUUGAUGGAGAAACGGGUUACAUACUUGAAAGGUGGGUCAGGAAACGAUAGUCUCUGGCAUACUAGUCAAUAAGUUAUUAGCAUUAUGGAAGUGAACGAUUGGUCGGGCUUGCCAGCUAAUCUUUUUGGAAAAAUGCGCUGACCUUAAAUUUUGUGUGCUCUCUUUUGAUUCUUGAUGGCAUGCAAUCCGAAACGGCAGGAGAAAAACUUGUAAACUUUCUAGCAGAACCAAAGAGGGGGACAAAGUGGCCAAAGGACUUGCCUCGUUUUGAAAGCAGACAAGAUGCUAUUGCUGUUUGCAAAGAAUUAUGCAAACUACAGUUCAUUUUGAGAUGCGACAAGCAAGGAAAGGGUGAACUUUCCAUGGUGCGAAAUCGGGAGUUCGAUGAAUCUGGAUACUUCGCCUGGAUCUACGAAGGAAACAAAACAAUGAGCCAUUUCAUGACGGCUGCGUUGGUUAUCGGAUUCUUUUGCUGCGUCUGCUUCCAGAUCUGGCCUACAUUUUUGAAGGUCUUCGUAUGGUACAUGUCUGUGACUCUCUUGCUCUUCAUUUUCUUCCUCAUUUCCGCCAGAGCUUUCAUUUUCUUGUGUGUCUGGAUAAUUGGUUACGACCUUUGGAUUUGGCCGAAUCUAUUUGACGAACAGCUGGGUUUCUGGGACUCUUUCAAGCCCUUCAUAUCGUUCAAACCGACAGGACCUGGUCAACUUCUCUAUAGGCUUGGUGUAGGAGUAGGAUUCUUUUCUUUCUGCUACUGGGCAAUCACGCAACCUUCGGAAUUCGAUGGAUUUGUGGCUGCUCAAGGAGACUUUUUGAAAGACCUUUAUGAGGGAAAUCUGCUGUCUGAUAUGUCACAGGAAGACAAAGAGAAUAUUGACAAACCGAAAAUGCAGUCGCUCGAAGAUUUAUUGAAGGAUUUAGAUGCUAGCGAAGAAGAAGGCAACCUGAAAAUGGAAGAGCUCAGCGAAGAAGAAAAGCUAGACUCCAUGUUUGACACUUUGAUGGACGAAGAAGAAGACAUCGAUGAGGACGAAGAGUAAAAUGAAACAACUAGUAAUCCAUCUCUGUUGAUUUAUUAUUAGACAAUGUCGUUUUUUAUUAUACGCCAAGAUAGUACUCAAUGUUGGUUCGAAUAGCGGCUUUAUGUGGUGUAUUCAGCUGAAAUCCCCUUCUAAAAACGAGCGAAUAGGAGCUGAUGAGUACAUUUCGAAUUAAUUUACUACAAUCAA